CACGGGUUAAGGCUGGCACCGCGCCCGGCGGGAGGGGGGGCGCCCACCUCCCCUCCCCCCCGCGCCGGGCAUGCGGGGCCCGCUGGGCACCGAGGAGGAGCUGCCGCGGCUGUUCGCGGACGAGAUGGAGAACGAGGACGAGAUGUCAGAAGAAGAAGAUGGUCUUGGGGGCUUCGAUGACUGCUUCCCUGAGGAGCCUGUGGGCCUUCCCAAGAAGAAGAAAUCCAAGAAGCUCAAGGAGAACAGGUCCAAAGGGAAACGGAAGAAGAAGGAGGGGAGCAAUGACGAGCUGACGGAAAAUGAAGAAGAUCUGGAAGAGAAGUCGGAGAGUGAGGGCAGUGACUACUCCCCUAAUAAGAAGAAGAAAAAGAAACUCAAGGACAAGAAGGAGAAAAAAGCCAAGCGAAAGAGGAAAGAUGAUGACGAGGAUGAUAACGAUGAUGGGUGCCUGAAGGAGCCCAAGUCCUCGGGGCAGCUCAUGGCCGAGUGGGGCCUGGACGAUGUGGAGUACCUGUUCUCAGAGGCCGACUACCACACACUGACCAACUACAAGGCCUUCAGUCAGUUCCUCAGGCCGCUCAUUGCCAAGAAGAACCCGAAGAUCCCCAUGUCCAAAAUGAUGACCGUCCUGGGUGCCAAGUGGCGGGAAUUCAGCGCCAACAACCCUUUCAAGGGCAGCUCGGCAGCGGCUGCCGCGGCAGCAGUGGCCGCGGCCGUGGAGACAGUCACCAUCGCCCCUCCGCUGGCUGUCAGCCCCCAGCAGGCACCCCAGCCUGUACCUAUCCGCAAGGCCAAGACCAAGGAGGGCAAGGGGCCAGGAGUGAGGAAGAAGAUCAAAGCCUCCAAGGACUCGAAGAAAAAGGGCAAAGGGAGAAAGGUAGCCGGGCUCAAGUUCCGCUUUGGAGGGAUCAGCAACAAGAGGAAGAAAGGCUCCUCGAGCGAGGAAGAUGAGCGGGAGGAGUCGGACUUCGACAGCGCCAGCAUCCACAGCUCCUCCGUGCGCUCCGAGGGCUCGGCAGCCCUGGGGAAGAAAAGCAAGAGGCGGCGCAAGAAGAGGAGGAUUGACGAUGGUGAUGGCUAUGAGACGGACCACCAGGACUACUGUGAGGUGUGCCAGCAGGGCGGGGAGAUCAUCCUGUGCGACACCUGCCCGCGGGCCUACCACCUAGUCUGCCUCGACCCAGAGCUGGAGAAGGCUCCGGAGGGCAAGUGGAGCUGUCCUCACUGUGAAAAGGAGGGGAUCCAGUGGGAGCCGAAGGACGACGAGGACGACGAGGAGGAGGGCGGCUGCGAGGAGGAGGAGGACGACCACAUGGAGUUCUGCCGCGUGUGCAAAGACGGCGGCGAACUGCUCUGCUGCGACGCCUGCCCGUCCUCCUACCACCUGCAUUGCCUCAACCCGCCGCUGCCCGAGAUCCCAAACGGUGAAUGGCUCUGCCCGCGCUGUACUUGUCCCCCACUGAAGGGCAAAGUCCAGCGGAUCCUGCACUGGAGGUGGACGGAGCCCCCGGCUCCCUUCAUGGUGGGGCUGCCGGGGCCCGACGUGGAGCCCGGUGUCCCCCCACCGAAGCCCCUGGAGGGCAUUCCGGAGAGGGAGUUCUUUGUCAAGUGGGCUGGACUCUCCUACUGGCACUGCUCCUGGGUGAAAGAGUUACAGCUGGAGCUGUACCACACGGUGAUGUAUCGCAACUACCAAAGAAAGAACGACAUGGAUGAGCCGCCGCCCUUUGACUACGGCUCUGGCGACGAGGACGGCAAAAGCGAGAAGAGGAAGAACAAGGACCCCCUCUAUGCCAAGAUGGAGGAGCGCUUCUACCGCUACGGCAUCAAGCCCGAGUGGAUGAUGAUCCACCGUAUCCUGAACCACAGCUUCGACAAGAAGGGGGACGUGCACUACCUGAUCAAGUGGAAAGACCUGCCCUAUGACCAGUGCACCUGGGAGAUCGACGACAUCGACAUCCCCUAUUACGACAACCUGAAGCAGGCCUACUGGGGUCACAGGGAGCUGAUGCUGGGUGAGGAUGCCAGGCUGCCCAAGAGGCUGGUCAAGAAGGGCAAGAAGCCAAAGGAGGAUAAACAGAAGCCGCCAGACACACCCAUCGUGGAUCCCACGGUCAAGUUUGACAAGCAGCCUUGGUACAUUGACUCCACGGGUGGCACACUGCACCCGUACCAGCUGGAGGGCCUCAACUGGCUGCGCUUCUCCUGGGCCCAGGGCACGGACACCAUCCUGGCCGACGAGAUGGGCCUGGGCAAGACUGUGCAGACCAUCGUCUUCCUCUACUCCCUGUACAAGGAGGGGCACUCCAAGGGGCCCUACCUGGUCAGCGCGCCCCUGUCCACCAUCAUCAACUGGGAGCGGGAGUUUGAGAUGUGGGCGCCCGACUUCUACGUGGUCACCUACACGGGGGACAAGGAGAGCCGCUCCGUGAUCCGGGAGAACGAGUUUUCUUUCGAGGACAACGCCAUUCGGAGCGGAAAGAAGGUGUUCCGCAUGAAGAAAGAAGUGCAGAUCAAAUUCCACGUCCUGCUCACCUCCUACGAGCUCAUCACCAUCGACCAGGCCAUCCUGGGCUCCAUCGAGUGGGCCUGCCUUGUGGUGGACGAGGCCCACCGGCUCAAGAACAACCAGUCCAAGUUCUUCAGGGUCUUGAACAGCUACAAGAUCGAUUACAAGCUGCUGCUGACGGGGACCCCGCUUCAGAACAACCUGGAGGAGCUUUUCCACCUCCUCAACUUCCUGACUCCAGAGAGGUUCAACAAUCUGGAGGGCUUCCUGGAGGAGUUUGCCGAUAUCUCCAAGGAAGACCAGAUCAAAAAGCUCCAUGACCUGCUGGGGCCGCACAUGCUGAGGCGGCUCAAGGCCGAUGUGUUCAAGAACAUGCCGGCCAAGACCGAGCUGAUCGUUCGCGUGGAGCUGAGCCAGAUGCAGAAGAAGUACUACAAGUUCAUCCUCACGCGGAACUUCGAGGCACUGAACUCCAAGGGGGGAGGGAACCAGGUGUCGCUGCUCAACAUCAUGAUGGACCUGAAGAAGUGUUGCAACCACCCCUACCUCUUCCCCGUGGCUGCCGUGGAGGCCCCCGUCUUGCCCAAUGGCUCCUAUGACGGCAGCUCCCUGGUCAAGUCCUCGGGCAAGCUCAUGCUGCUACAGAAGAUGCUCAAGAAACUGAGGGAUGAAGGGCACCGCGUGCUCAUUUUCUCCCAGAUGACGAAGAUGUUGGACCUUCUGGAGGACUUCCUGGAGUAUGAGGGCUACAAGUAUGAGCGGAUUGAUGGUGGCAUCACUGGGGGCCUCCGACAAGAGGCGAUCGACAGAUUCAACGCCCCCGGGGCCCAGCAGUUCUGCUUCCUCCUCUCGACCCGGGCGGGUGGCCUGGGCAUCAACCUGGCUACAGCAGACACGGUCAUCAUCUACGACUCAGACUGGAAUCCGCACAAUGACAUCCAGGCCUUCAGCCGCGCCCACCGCAUCGGACAGAACAAGAAGGUAAUGAUCUACCGCUUUGUGACUCGGGCCUCGGUGGAGGAGCGCAUCACGCAGGUGGCCAAGCGCAAGAUGAUGCUCACCCACCUGGUGGUGCGGCCUGGCCUCGGUUCCAAGUCUGGCUCCAUGACCAAGCAGGAGCUGGACGACAUCCUCAAGUUCGGCACCGAGGAGCUCUUCAAGGACGACGUGGAGGGCAUGAUGUCUCAGGGCCAGAGGCCUGUCACGCCCAUCCCGGAUGUCCAGUCCUCUAAAGGGGGAGCCCUGGCUGCCAGCGCCAAGAAAAAGCAUGGCAGUACCCCGCCAGGCGACAACAAGGACGUGGAGGACAGCAGUGUGAUCCACUAUGACGAUGCGGCCAUCUCCAAGCUGCUGGACAGAAACCAGGACGCCACGGACGACACGGAGCUGCAGAACAUGAACGAAUACCUGAGCUCCUUCAAGGUGGCGCAGUACGUGGUGCGCGAGGAGGAUGGCGUGGAGGAGGUGGAGCGGGAGAUCAUCAAGCAGGAGGAGAACGUGGACCCCGACUACUGGGAGAAGCUGCUUCGGCACCACUACGAGCAGCAGCAGGAGGACCUGGCCCGCAAUCUGGGCAAGGGCAAGCGCAUCCGCAAGCAGGUCAACUACAACGACGCCUCCCAGGAGGACCAGGAGUGGCAGGACGAGCUCUCGGAUAACCAGUCUGAAUAUUCCAUCGGCUCCGAGGACGAGGACGAGGACUUUGAGGAAAGGCCAGAAGGGCAGAGUGGACGGCGACAAUCCAGGAGGCAGCUGAAAAGCGACAGGGACAAGCCCCUGCCACCUCUUCUCGCCCGUGUGGGUGGCAAUAUCGAGGUGCUGGGCUUCAAUGCCCGGCAGCGGAAGGCCUUUCUGAACGCCAUCAUGCGCUGGGGCAUGCCCCCCCAGGACGCCUUCAACUCCCACUGGCUGGUGCGGGACCUUCGAGGGAAGAGCGAGAAGGAGUUUAGAGCCUAUGUGUCCCUCUUCAUGCGGCACCUGUGUGAGCCGGGGGCUGACGGUGCAGAGACCUUCGCGGACGGCGUGCCCCGUGAGGGCCUCUCGAGGCAGCACGUGCUUACCCGCAUCGGGGUCAUGUCACUGGUUAGGAAGAAGGUUCAGGAGUUUGAACACGUUAACGGGAAGUACAGCACCCCGGACUUGAUCCCCGAGGGGCCCGAGGGCAAGAAGCCAAGCGAAGUCAUCUCCUCGGACCCCAACACGCCAGUGCCCGCCAGCCCUGCCCACCUCCUGCCGGCCCCACUGGGCCUGCCAGACAAAAUGGAAGCCCAGCUGGGCUACAUGGAUGAGAAGGAGCUGGGGGUGCAGAAGCCAAAGAAGCCCCCAGAAAUCCAGGCCCUGCCAACUGCCCUGGACAGAGUGGAGGGCGAGGACAAGCAUGAGAACUCAGAUGGCCAGGAGCGACUGGAGGACACAGAGAAGGCCCCGCUGUCCCCAGAGCAGCCGCCAAAAGAAGAAGUGCUUCCUGAGAAGGAGAAAAUUCUGGACAAGCUGGAGCUAAGCUUGAUUCACAGCAGAGGGGAUGGCAACGAUUUCAGGCCAGAUGACACCAAAGUGGAGGAGAAGGAGCCCAUUGAAACACAGCAAAAUGGUGACAAAGAGGAAGAUGAGGAGGGGAAGAAGGAGGACAAGAAUGGGAAGUUCAAAUUCAUGUUCAACAUUGCAGAUGGGGGCUUCACAGAGCUGCACACGUUGUGGCAGAAUGAGGAACGUGCUGCUGUGUCCUCGGGGAAAAUCUACGACAUCUGGCACCGGCGUCAUGACUACUGGCUGCUGGCGGGCAUCGUGACGCACGGCUACGCCCGCUGGCAGGACAUCCAGAAUGACCCGAGGUACAUGAUCCUCAACGAGCCCUUCAAGUCUGAGAUCCACAAGGGCAACUAUCUGGAGAUGAAGAACAAGUUCCUGGCCCGCAGGUUCAAGCUGCUGGAGCAGGCCCUGGUCAUCGAGGAGCAGCUCCGGAGGGCCGCGUACCUUAACAUGACCCAGGACCCCAACCACCCAGCCAUGGCCCUCAACGCCCGCCUGGCCGAGGUGGAGUGCCUUGCUGAGAGCCACCAGCACCUGUCCAAGGAGUCCCUUGCCGGGAACAAGCCAGCCAAUGCUGUCCUGCACAAGGUCCUGAACCAGCUGGAGGAGCUGCUGAGUGAUAUGAAGGCGGACGUGACGCGCCUGCCCUCCAUGCUGUCGCGCAUCCCCCCCGUGGCUGCCCGUCUCCAGAUGUCAGAGCGCAGCAUCCUGAGCCGCCUGACCAACCGAGCUGGUGACCCCACCACUCAACAGGGCGCUUUCGGCAACUCCCAGAUGUACAACAACAACUUUGGGCCCAACUUCCGGGGCCCUGGACCGGGAGGGAUUGUCAACUACAACCAGAUGCCCCUGGGGCCCUAUGUGACCGAUAUCUAGCUGUCCCCGCGAUGUCCCUCUGUUGCAGUGCUCAUUUCCAGCUGAGCCACGCCUGCCGGGCCACCUGCCCGACCGCCACAAGAGAGAAAAGCUACCGCCUUUUUAGGAGCCGUGCCACCUUGGGACAGAAAGGGAAACUGAGUAAUGCCAUCACAUGGGGGACGAGGCCCAGCCUGGCUGGGCCAGAGCCCAGAAGUGCCACCUCAUCAUAAUGCAAGUGUCCCACCCAGCGUCACACCCACCCAACACUGGGACGUGCCCCGUGGCGGUCUUUGCCGGACAACUUCUUAGAAGAGAUUUCAUUUAUUUGUACAUCUUUUGCACUUUCCUAUUGAAGACUUGAAAAGUUUGUCUUGAUAAAAGUUGAGUGACGCGUGGAGGGGGUCUGACCUGCUACACUUAACGUCUCUCUCUGUCAACGGGCUCCAGACUGCAAGGGAAGAUUCUAGAAGCCCUGCUGUUGCCCCAUGGACUCGGUCCGCCUGGGCAGCCCUCAUUGUGCUCCCGCCCACCCCAUCCCGUCCAUACUGCCCGACCACCCGUGUCCUGGCCCCCUGCUCCCUGGGGCUCUCCAGUGCUGGGUGGGUCAGGACUGGGGAGCAGCUGCCCAGCCCGAGGGUGGAGACCUCGGCUGAUGCCCAGGGCAGGGGGUUAUUCCACCCCCUUCCUCCCAGGGCUGGAGACCACCAGGUAUGUGCUAUCUGUGUGGGGGAGGGGGCCGGUCAGCAGGCGUCUGGCCCUGGCCCAGAGUGGCUUGCGGGCCCCGGACUCUUAUCUGAGCAAGGCAGGCCUAGCAUGUGCUCCUGGGAGGGAGGGGAAGAGCCUCCUAGAGCUUUUUUCUUGGCCUAUGUGGGAAGGGGCUUGCUCUCUGCCGGGAUGUGGUUAGCAUCCUAGCGGGGAAGGUCACAGUGGCACUGAGGGUGGCCCAGGAGACCCCGGUCCUGCCCUGUGCCCUGGGAGGCCCAUCACACCCACCUCCAGGUAAACUCUCCCUGUUCGGUGUCAUGGCCACAGAUGCAAGGAAACAGGGCCACCCCUUGGAGACUGGGCUUCUCCCUGCCGUCCUGUCCCCAGAGAGGCCUCAAUGUGGUCACUUGCCGCUGGGGCCUGUAUCACAGCCGCCCUUGCUGUGUUAUCAGAUGGCCUGGGGAAAGAAAGCUCUGCUUGGAGACCGGGGACUGGACGCGAUGACCCUCGAGCACCCCGGGCUUCCUGCCGGGAACACCCCCUGUCUCCUGCGAGGGCCCCAGCGGACGGGGAGGAGCAGCCAGGCCGGGCCUGUCUGUGUCUGAUGCUUCCUCUGCGCUCGCUCGGCCUGGAAGGAGGUUUCCCAGCCGUGGGUGGGUGGCUUCCUGGGGAAGUGCCCUGGGUGUAGAAUCCAGGAUGGGGCUAGGAUUUGGGGGCUUGUCUUGGGGCCUCUUGGGCAGCCAGCCAGCCCUUACAGGGUCCCAGGACUCAGGUGUCCUCUGUAAGUGGCUCUCUGUGCACCCCGGGAGGGCUGGGCCCCAAAGCCUCUCCCAUCUUGGUGUCCCCUCGCUUCAGCGUCUCUGAAAGCCCCCAAGGCUGAUGCAGCGCAAGCACCGAGGUGGGGGCAGCGGGGAGCAUCCGGAAGGUGGCCCGCCGGCUUCCAGGACACGUGCGCAGCAGCACUGGCCUCGCCUUCUGGGGAGGGCAGGGUCAUCCCUGUCCGCUGUGGUUCCUCCAGUGCCACGUGCACGUGCUUGUGUCUUGUGGUCAGUGCCUCCUGCAAAGGCUCCUGGCUUGGGCCACGGGCGAGGUGAGCACCCCUCCCCCACAAGCCCUGUGAUGCUCCCCUCCCAGACCUCUGGUCGGCCCUGUGGCUGGCCUCACUGGAACAGUGCUGACCUUCCCUGGCCGCAGUGGAUGGGCCCGGAGUGUCCAGCCGGGAGGCACACGGGGGCGGGGCAGGGGUCUGCAUCUCUAAUGUCUGGCCCCAAAGGCUGGUGGUCCCCCCUGCUGUCAGCCCUUCCUCCCCAGGAAGCCUCCCUCUGUGCCCCCCAUCUUGGCCUCCAUCCCAGACCUCCCCCUUGCCCUCGUCCCCGGGCCAGAGCCAGGCACCCACAGAUGGCCAGAUCCGGGAAGGGCUCAGCUCUCCGCAACCAGCGCCCCCUAGAGGCCCGGGAUCGGGGGCUUUGGACAGUUGGGGAGUGGCUGUCUGGUCAGCUGGUUUGGGAGAGGAAAAUGGAUCUCAGACUGUUUUCUUCUUAGUUUAUCAGUUCUCUCCAGCCAAGAGUGGUGGCGAGCGGGUGCGGUGUCCCCUGUCUUUGGCAUCUUCCGGCUGGGUUUGGUUUUUGCUGCUGGCAGAAUGAGGGUCUUUGUGUACAAGCAGAAUCCUAGAGUGCCAGCCCGCAUUUUUGUUUCCAGCCACCCUAUUAUUUAAACCAGUGCUGAGUAGGCUUUCUGUCAAACCACCUUUGGGCCACGGGGGCUCCCAGGUGAUGAGGGGAGCUUGGGCUGGACUGACCACGUCCGGAAGGGCCCCCCUCACCACCCCCCCCCCCCCCGCACAUGCCUGCCCCGGGAAGUGUGUCCCAUGUGAGGAGACCCUCCCUGUAAGCCACCUUUGGGAGUUCCUUUGUUUUCUCCAACUUAUGACCAAGGUCCUGCUGAUACCCACAAGGGGUGCAGGUGCCUGCCCUCCUGCUCUCUGGGGGAUCCUUCCCAGGGUCCUCUGGGGCCUCCCCAGCCAAGAUUGUGGCUGGAUGAGCCUUGCCCCAGUGACACGGUGGCUCUUGCUCUCGUGUCAGGUCCCGGAGCUCUUGAGGGCUUGGUGGGGGGGGGGGGGGGGUUCACGUGAGGGUUGGCUCAGGGACAGGAGCGCCUCCAAGCUUGGGGCGGGAGUGGGGGACUUGGCCGAGAGGCGGGGGUCAGGUCAUGGCCUGGCCAUGGCCUCGGGUCCCCCCCAACACCUGCGGCUAUUCUGUGCCCACUACCACCUCCGUCGAGGAAGCUGGCUCCUGCCCCAUUUUCUCUUUCUGGAAGUUUACAGGUCGUGGUGCAUCAGCCCAAAGUCAUUGGCGUUGUGUUUUGGGUUUUUUUCUUAGUUUUCAGAUUUUUUUUAAACAAAGUAUUUUUUUAGGUGCGAUAACCCAGAAAGGGCCCGUUGGGUGUGUGUGUAUGUCCUGAACCCCUGACGUGGACAGGGGGGCCCCAGCCCCCCUCGGCUCCUGUGUGCGGAGAUGGGGGGGGGUCCUGCUCCCUGUGUGUUGGAGCCAUGAGGGUAUGAUGGAGCAGUUCCCCGCGCAGGCUGGCAUCUGGCCCAGCUAAGGGGGCCGGGCCCCUUGCCCUGGGUACACCCCCAGGCCAGCAAAGGAGCCUGGGUGAGUUGGGAGGGUCCCAGCCAGGGGGCUGGAGCUGGAAGCUGAGCCCCCGUGAGUGGCGACCCGUCCCGUCCCUGGCAGGACACGGGAGAGGCUGGACAGAGCCUGCAGCCGACACAAUCCCCUUUACUUUGUACUCUUAUCCACAUCUGA